AUGCCGGUCCAGCGACCUCGAGAAACAUGCACCGAAUGUUCCAUGCGGCGGCAGAAAUGCGACCGCCAGAUUCCGUGCUCGAGGUGCGUCAAAAGAGGCAUCGCCGACAAGUGUACGCGCCAGUGGCCGACUCAGUACGAUCCCUCGAUCCAUCGGGUCUACAAAAGAUCGCGUCCAGUCGCGAGUGAAGGAUCAGGGGGCAGCGCGCCUUCUAGUCCCGCUCAUCAAGCCAAUACUGCUCCCACUGCAGGGUCUCGUUUGCCACAAGGAUUGAGUGACUUUGCAGCAUAUGACACGAGAUGGGCAGAUGAGCCACGCUUACAGUAUAACUUUACUCCGACUGACGCUCUCAUCUCGAGGCUCCGGACCCGAGAUCCAAACACCCUCCCUGACAAGUCCUGGAUCGACUUGAACGGGAUAGGCUUCAACUCCACGGAACACGCCCACUCGAAAUUCCUGCAGAUGUUACUGCCCAAUGUCGGCCACAUCUGGGACUUAGUCAACUAUCAUGAACUGUGCCUCUUGUGGUAUCAUGGCUGCUACUUUGGCCCACUCUUCCGAUGGGAACUGGAAAGCGUGCUCGCUGACCAGGAUCAAAAGGAAACACUGAUUGUUGACGGCCUCGACCUUCAGUGGCUUGGGCUUCUCUUUUCCAUCAUAGCCGGCAGCUUAACAUGUGCUCCGGAACGGAGACUGUCUCAGUGGGGAUUCCAGAAAGCUGAGAGAUCGAAAUUGCCGAUGCAGUGGUACAAGGCCAGCAUCUCGUGCCUAAACCAGGCGAAUUACACUUCCAAUCAUAGCAUAUAUGCCGUCCAUACAAUCGCCACACUGACUAUGUCUGCUCAUUCACUGGGACAGUCCGCAGAGCUAUCUGUUCUUCUCGGUGGCGCUCUGAAGAUUGCACAAAGCUUGGGGCUCGACAGACUAGACUACGACGCAUCGCUGGACGAGAUCACAACUACAUCAACGGAAGAGCAACGUCACAGACUGAUCAAAAGGGAGAUCGGCCGCAGAUUAUGGUCCCAGCUUUGUGUCCAGGACUGGAUGUCUUUACCAUUCAACGAGAGCUAUCACAUUCAACCGGGGCAUUUCACAACAACUAAGCCUUCCAACCGAAACUACCUGAAUAUGGACCCAAUUCCAAUAGAGUUUCCUACUUAUAUCAGCUACGGGAAUUAUUUGUUUGAAAUAGCUAAACUCAUGGUAAAACACCACGAGGAUAUUUCUCAUGCAACUACCCAAUUCACAACCUACGAACACGUUCUAGAAUACGAUUCGAGAAUGCGGACCCUCGCCACGAAAGGAAUGCCAACCUACUUCCAUGUGGUGCAGCCGAUUGAUCCAGCCUGGCCAGAAUGGAUUCCAGCAGCCAGGAGAAGUCUGACUAUAUGCUUUGCACACAAGAUGAUCAUGAUCCACAGAGCAUAUAUUAAGCAGAGCUUCAUCAAUCCGACUUAUUCUAUGACGCGUCUCACGUGCUUAGCUGCGGCUAAGACGAUCCUGAAUGAAGCAAAACAGACGAAGGACCUUGAUGGGCCCAUCAUUUGGGUAGAUAAAGCUUUCUGCAUCGUCGCGGCGAUUGUUCUCUGUCUGGAUCUCUUCCAUCGUCCUGCAUCCGAUCCUGUCUUUGACACGCACAAAGAACUAGUCUCAGAAUGCAUCGAAUACUUACGCAAGUUCGGCGGCGGUGUUAUUGCCGUUCGAGGGGCGAAUUUGCUAGCGGCUCUACUGACAGAGAGGAACAGGGUCACCUCUACUUGGGCGCGACAUCCAGAAGCUAUCGAUAUGAGGGAAAUCCUCGCCUUGGUGGGAGCAGAGAUGGACGGCGCUGUUUCCCCUGAUGAUACUCACCCGCGACUUCUUGCCGAACUAUUGCCCCCUCAAGCUGGAUUCUGCAACCGUUUCAUAUUUGAGAACCUGUUUAGCUUCAAGAACAACACCUCUGGGUGA